GCUUUAAAAAAGUAUCUUCGAGGAGAAAUCUUUCAAGCCAAGGUGACAAUGCUCCGGUUGCAACGAUUUAUAGAGUUAAGCAUGAGAAACACCACGCUGGCCAUUGCAAAUAGGCGUUCCUGGUCAUGGAGAAAGAGCUUUCACAGAAGAACAAUGAGAGGAAUGAAGAAGGCAAUCAUCACAAGAGGUCAAAGUUCGCAUGGUGCCGGUCGUCGAGGAGAGAAACCCGCCGUUGACCUAGCUUCUCCUCAGCCACCUUUGAUCGUCUCGCAGUCGUCACCCGCCAGUACCGAGAAUUCCAAUCCGAGGUGCCCCUCCAACGUCAUUAGCCACGGUGCAGAACAGAGAGGAGGAAGUGUCUUAACUGAAGCAAAAGGAAGCUCCUCCAAAGUCGGAAAAAAAUGUAAAAUCUCAAGGAUUCAGAAAGUAAAGGAAAACUUGAAGAGGAUGAAGGCAGAAGUAGUGAAACAAAGAGCAGAAACAAGUCACAUAAGGCAGCUACUAAUGGAAGAAACGGCAAUAUUUCAAGCUGCCGCGGAAGGGAUUGAAUCAGUACUUGUCCAAGCUUGGGCUGAGAAUGAGUUGAUGCUGGAGCAAAACCAGGAGGACCAAUAUCUUUUGAUGCUAGGCGCUGGAGAUAUAGCCGGUUCGUUCAACCCAGCUAGUGGAGGUUAUACACCAGCAAAUCGUGGCCCUGCUAGUGGGGAUUAUACACUGGCCGUGACCUAUAGAGGAGACGUCUAUUUCGUGCCCGUACUGUAUUCGUUUUUCGUGAUUACACUUGUUGGCAUGCUAUAAGUUUAAUUAAGGGCAAUCCAUAUUUUACUUAUUGAGUUAUCUCACCUCGUUUUUCUCGUCCACCAUUUCAGGUAGUGUGCCCCGAGACUCGGAAAUCAAGGGGAGUGACGUGAAAAAAAAAAGGCUAGCCACUUGAGAUUUGACAUAGAUUUUAGAUACAUGUACACCACGCUCCUAUAAGUUAGAUUUUAAUUGGAAAUUUUAUGGUAUCAAAACUGAUUUUGUUCAGUAAGUUCCGAGCCUUGUGCAUUUGUGGGACUCGUCUCACGAGUGCACGACGUCUGUCGCGCCUCGGAUUUGGGUUCUGGGGCGUGACAAUGUUGUUUU